AUGUCUCCCCACGGCGGCGGCAGUAGCGGCGGCCCGAUGUUCAACGGGAGAAGCUUCCCGGCACUAGGGUUACUUCCUCAGUGCAAAGAUGGACGGUACCUCGUAGUUGAGCGUACGGACCAAGCACAAACACUGGAAAAGCUUUCCCCUUUUCUGAUCGAUAAAGCCAUCAGGAAUUGUUGUGGAGACGUUGCCAGUAUCAAACGUAUUAGGGACGGCAAAAUAUUGGUGCAAACUAAGACUGGUAAACAAGCUAACCAACUAGAGAAAUUGAAAACUCUUACGGAAGGAAUAAAUGUAUCAGUCACUGAACACAAUACGCUGAACUUAAGCCGAAUUGUCAUCUCAUGCAAAGAUCUCCUCUACAUGAAGGAUGAUGAAAUUUUGGAAGAAUUGCGUCCCCAAAAAGUUAUAAAGCUUGAUCGAAUUAAAAGAAAGGUAGAUGGCGAGCUAGUGGAAACUUCGUCAAUAAUAUUAACCUUGUCCAUAUCAAUACCACCACCAGAGAUAAAGAUAGGGUUCAUUGUGGUACCAACGAGACCGUACUACCCCCGCCCGAUGAGAUGCUUCCAGUGCCUCGCCUUUGGACACCUCGGAAAGCAUUGCAAACGAGAAAAAACUUGUGCAAACUGUGGAGACAAGCACCAUGGCGACGAUUGUAGGAAAACCCAAAAAUGCGUGAACUGUGAGGGCGCACAUGAGUCCAUCAGCCCGCAAUGUCCUGUAUGGAUAAAAGAAACCAAGAUAGUCCGAUUGAGAAUAGAUCAAAACAUACCCUUUUACGAAGCAAGAAGAUUAGUAGAGCAAAGUGAACCGCCCCAAGAAAAAUACGCAGAUAUAGCCGCGAAAACUGCAGCUAGUGUCAAUACCAGUAACUGCAAAUGCAAAUGUACUUGCGAUAAAACCACACACGAGUUGAGAGAAAAAACACCCGAACCCAUAGCAACAACGUCUAUACAAUCCAGCGAAUUGGACCUACCGGGGAAAGUUACACAAAUGGCAGAAAGUAACUCAUCCCCACAAGCGAAGAAAACAAAAAAAUUCUACGAGGACAUUAUUAGCAGCGACUGUUCUGAACCAAACCUAACAUCUCAACUAAGCUUACGAGCAAAAUCUGGUAUCAGAAUUACAAAAAGAGGCCGUGGUCGUCCGAGAAAGGUUGCACAGCAGAGCAGAGGAGAGGAAAUGGACGACGAGUAA